AUGGUUUAUCAAAGCUAUGACAAUAAUGAUUUGGUUAAUGGUUCUAAUAACCAAAAUCCUAAUCUUGUUCUUUAUUCAAACGGAGAAACAAAUUUUACUGGCUCGGCUCCUAUUCAAAACAAUCAAAAUGCCAA